AUGGAUAAACAAUCGAGAGAUGAAGCACGAGAGAUAUCCGAUAAGGAGAUGAAAGAACUUGACAACCUGCUUGAAAUAUUACUAGGUGCCAGGGUGGAAAAUGAGAAGUCUCGACUAUCUUCUAUGGAUAGAGCACUGCACGAACUACUCGAAAAAUGUUUAGCAGAUACCAGCCCUAGACCAGAAGUUAAUGUUUGGAGAUCCGAAAACUUCGAAGCCCUUCAAGAUUUUAUUAGUUUAGUGAAGGCACAUUUCCUCUGCCUCGCUACUUUAACCCUCCGGAGAGUGGGUGACACGGAUCUAAAUAUGGAUACUCACUUCAAGUACAAAUGUCUUGAUGAACAUAUUCACUAUUUCGACAGAGAACAGGACAACAUACCUAUUCUUUUCUUGGAUAUAUUGAUUCACACUGAGCUUCUGCUUAUCAAGAUUGUGGACCCUUCCUCGAAAUGGGCUGUGGGUGUUGCCAUCACAGAUAGGCUCGAAGAAAUUGACCCUGGCUUAAAAGUGGCAUACAUACAGAAGAUGGUGGGUCUGCACCACAGUGACGAAUCUUGGUUCAUGGCGGUAGAUUCCCCGGCAGUCAACCGUCAUCUGGAUUGCAUUAAAGACCAUAUGAAGGAUUUGAUUAGGCAAUAUGGAACGGGAAAACCAAUCUAG